UUAGAACCAUACACCUUCUAUUUCACCGGAUUGUCGAGACUUCUCAUAUAAUGGGACUAAUCUACCGGCAGUGUUUCUACCCUCCAACCCCCAGCUACCGAGUUGUACCAAUCAAGCAGGUACACUUAGUCACUGGGAAAAGAAUUUAUUAUGAAAAGAUGGAUGUAAUUCGCUCAGUAAAUAGGCACAAACGCUGUCAAUUAUGACUGGAUUGCAAGGCACUCGUUGGGCUCCAGGACUGAUGAUCGAGAGCAGCACAGCCCUAGAUGUCAGGGGUCUUAUUUCACGCUCACCCAUCGCGUUGUAACUCAAAAGCACUUCAUUCUCCUGCUUCUAUCACGACAGCGCACUUCACUUUUUUCGACCAGUCUUUAAUAAAAUGUCGUUUUAUACUCCUUUACGUUCAACUGACGGACGAACUCAAAUCCGGCUUUGUUCUCUUUUACCAGCGAGUUUCGAGAGUCCACUGAGAUGCCAUAUUGAGCCUGUCAAUUUUGACCCAACGCUCAAAUUCGAAGCUCUGUCCUAUACCUGGGGUGAUCGCUCGGCCCUCCUUCCCAUCGAGGCUAAUAACAACGAAAUACUAGUCACCCAGAAUCUCGCAACUGCUUUAACGUACUUAAGAAAAAGUUCUGAAGCUAGAUAUCUAUGGAUCGACGCAAUUUGUAUCAACCAAAAUGAUCCUGACGAACGAAGUACGCAAGUCGCUAUGAUGGGAGAUAUUUAUCGAGCUGCAACUCGUGUGAUCUCAUGGCUAAGAAUUGAUGAUCCGCCGUUUUACACAUUCCUUGAAAUCAGACAUGCUAUACUGCUCUUUGAACACAUUAGGAUGUUAAAGGAUCAUGCCCCUUUCCAGGCAUACCUUGAGGGUGAUGGGCCCCAAACACCAUACCCCGAAUUUGAAAAACAUAAGUGGACAUUGAAUGAUUGUCUUUAUUCUCUUCAAUUCCUCAUAGGCGAACGAGAAGAGGAGAAGCCGGAGUAUUGGCAGCGAACAUGGAUCAUACAAGAAGUCGCUUCGGCUAAGGACCUGAUCAUACAAUCCGGACCAUAUACCAUCACCGAGAAGCAGAUCGACUUGGUUACAGAAUUCAUAAGCUCCCCAAAGAUAGCAAGAUUAAUGGAUGGAAGGUACGAACAACGUAAAUCCCGGGCUCACUUCCAAGCCGAUCGGUUUAUACCUAUUUCCAUUUAUCGCAGUCUUCUCUAUCCAGAUGAGGAAGACAGAGAGAAACGGACAGCUAGAAUUCGCGGACCGGCGAAGAUACUCAGCCUUCUGAGACACAAUAGAUCUCGUUUCUGUGCAGAUGACAGGGACAAAGUAUACGCUAUACUAGGACUUUCAGAUCUCAGGAAUUCGACUCAUCCCGGAACCACAAUUGACUACAAUAAGUCCGUUCAAGAAGUAUAUGUUGGGAUUGUGCAAGCUAUAAUCGACUCAUCUUCUAGCUUUGAGGUGUUAUGCUCCGCAAACCUGGCAGAAACCACCGCAAUGCCCGGUCUACCAUCCUGGGUGCCGAAUUGGGCUACACAGAAAAGUCCCGAUACGUGCGAACGGCCUGUUUCAUACAAUCAUCAAGGGGCCACUGGAACUAUACCACCAGAAUACAGCUUUUGGACAGAUGGAAAGGAUCACAUCUUAUCAGCGACAGGCUUUUGCUUCGGCUCAGUCUUAGAUCUCAAUGAUCCUUUCGUCAAGCUCGGUGCCAAUGUAACAGAGAGCGAUGAGAAGGCUAGGCUGCCUGACUACUCUACUCUUUGUAGCCAGUUAUCACAAGCCUACAAGGACAUGACGACUUUUCUACAUCCCAAGGUGUUAUCAGCUGACCUAUUCCAGCAUACAUGUUCCUUGGGGCUACUGCGCAGUGAUCUAGACGACUCCUUUCAGAGCCUAAGAGAUGUUUUAGAGCGAAGUACUGCCCCCGAUGACAUGAAAAAGCCGAUUGACUCUUCAGGAAGCCGGUUUCGAUUGAAGCUGAUGGCAUCCAACCUCAAUGGCCAAUGCAUGUUCGCCCUACGACAAACACCCUUAAGAGAGUCGGCGGACUUUGUAGGUGGUGAGAUAGGGAUCGCUCCCCCUGGAGUCGUACAAAAGGACGAUUUGGUCUGUCUCAUUUUCGGCUGCAACGCACCCCUUAUCCUUCGACCAGUUGAGAAUAAAUUUGUGGUGGUCUGCGCCGCUUAUGUCCACAAUCUCAUGGAUGGCCGCGCUAUGACCCAUCUUGAAGAGGGUCUAUUCGAACAGAGAAAAUUUGAUCUUGGGGGACGAGUUUCCCCCCACAGUCUCAAGAAAGAUUCUGGAAAGAUUUCGCAUCGGAUGACUAAGAAAUCUAAGCGACACAUCUCUUCCAGGGGCAUAACACGCAGAACACGUAAAGGCGGGGCGGAGAAAUAUAAAGACGGGGCGGAGAAACAUAAAGGCUCUUCUGAGAAACAAACAAAAGAAGAAAGGGUAAAGCAAUACGGUUACGGGCGUAUAGACAGGAACAAAAUUAGAUACGCACAAUUAAGGAGACGGCAACUGGACUAUUUGGACUCGGUAUCAGGUUGAUCACAGAAUUCUUCUCAGAGGAUUCAACUUGUUCAUUUUCAGCAAUCUAUUUGUCCGUAAACAACAAACUCUUUUCUGGAUAUGGUCUUGUUUCAAGGGAAAUCAUGUAAUCAACCAAAGUUUGAAGAUAUUCCCAAUAACGUCAGCAACAGACUCAAUGACAGCAGGUCGGAGAACAUACAAAUUUGGCGGAACAAUCUCGUGGAAUCUACCUGCUAGCCAUCACUAGCUGGCCUGGCCUAUUUGAGCCUGAGUCAGCUUCAUAGAUUGAGCCAUGAUCUGGGCCAGCGUCACGUUCCUCUGUUCCGGGCCACCCUGGUCCUUCGCGUUACCGACGAU